AUGUCGGACAGAGAUCCAGAGAUGGUGCACAAAGCAGAAGCCGCCAUGGAGGAUCACGUCACCCAGAUCCACAGAGAGGACCUGGAGGACCUCAGAGAGGCCUUUAAUAAAAUUGAUAUUGAUAAGAGCGGCUUCGUGAGUGACUUCGAGCUUCAGGAGCUGUUCAGAGAGGCGAAUUUCUCCCUGCCGGGGUACAGGGUGCGAGAGAUCAUGAAGACCUUCAUCGCCGGAGACACCAACAAGGACGAGAAGAUCAGCUUCGAGGAGUUCGUUUCAAUCUAUCAGGAGCUGAAGAGCAAAACGCUCAGCGAGUCGUUCAGGAAAUCCAUCACGAGGAGAGACGGGAUCCGAUCCUUUGGGGGAACGUCAAGGAAAUCCAGUGAGGGAACGCAGCACUCCUACUCUGAUGAGGAGAAGGUGGCUUUCGUCAACUGGAUCAACAAAGCUUUGGCCAAAGAUGCAGACUGUGAACAUCUGCUGCCCAUGAACCCAAACGAUGAAAGUCUCUUCACCUCCGUCCGUGAUGGACUCGUGCUCUGCAAAAUGAUCAACCUGUCUCAGCCGGACACGAUUGACGAAAGAGUCAUCAACACAAAGAAACUCACCACCUUCAAAAUGACCGAAAACCUGGUCCUGGCUCUGAACUCUGCGUCAGCGAUUGGCUGCAUGGUGGUGAGCAUAGACGCCCAUGAUCUGAUGGCUGGGAAACCCCAUCUGGUGAUGGGCCUGCUCUGGCAGAUUAUCAAAAUUGGUCUGUUUGCUGAUAUAGAAGUCAGUAGGAACGAAGCUCUAAUCGGACUUCUGAAAGAGGGAGAAAAACUGGAAGACAUAAUGUCCCUGUCCCCCGAGGACCUGCUGCUUCACUGGGUCAACCAUCAUCUACGCAACGCAGAGACGCAGACGAUCAGCAACUUCAGUGACGACAUCACGGACUCUCGGGCCUACUUCCACCUGUUGGACCAGAUCGCUUCCUGUGGAAAGAAAGACUCCAAGAUGAGGGUCAAAAUCGACAUGAGCGGCCUCUUUGAGCCUGAUUUGGAGCAGAGGGCCGAGCUGAUGCUGCAGCAGGCGGCCCGGCUGGACUGCAGACAGUUUGUUUCCGCCCACGAUGUCACAUCUGGAAACAGCAAACUCAACUUGGCCUUUGUGGCAAACCUGUACAACAUGCAUCCCACUCUGGGGGAAAAUCAGAUUCACAUCAACGGCAUAGAGACCGCACACAUAGUGGGUGAGUCCAAAGAAGAGAAAACCUUUCGCAACUGGAUGAACUCUCUUGGCGUCUCUCCUUAUGUGAACCAUCUCUACUGUGACCUGUGUGAUGGUUUGGCGAUUCUGCAGCUUUAUGAGCGAGUUAAUGUCCCUGUGAACUGGAAGAGAGUCAACAGACCUCCUUAUCCAAUGCUGGGUGCAAAAAUGAAGAAGCUGGAGAACUGUAAUUAUGCCGUUGACCUGGGCCGGAACAUGGCUCAUUUCUCCCUGGUUGGUAUCGGAGGAGAUAACAUAAACUCGGGCAGCCCCAUGCACACCCUGGCACUGGUCUGGCAGCUGAUGAGGAGGUACACACUGCUGGUGUUGUCAGAUUUGGGCGAUGGAGAAAAGGUUGCAGAUCAGAUCAUCCUCAACUGGGUCAACGACACGCUGAGCCAGAAAAGCAAGGACUCACAGAUCAGCAGCUUCAGGGACGAUCUGAUCAGCACCAGUAUGCCAGUGAUUGACCUGAUUGAUGCCAUCGCUCCCAAUACAGUCAAGUGGGACAUGGUGAAGAGAGGAGAUGAGAGAGCGCUGAGGAAUGACGAUAAACUCGCAAACGCAAAGUACGCCAUCUCAAUGGCCCGUAAGAUCGGCGCUCGUGUUUAUGCGCUGCCUGAUGAUCUGGUGGAGGUGAAUCCCAAGAUGGUGCUGACGCUGUUCGCCUGCCUCAUGGGCCACAGCUUGAAAAAACACAAGCGCUGAAAAACAGACAAAGAAGAAAGCAGACAUGAACAAACCUGGGAACCAAAUAUCAAUAUGAUUCAUGACAGCAUUUUGUUUCCAUUCGCUAUCUUUAUUUUCUUCAAAUCUUUGUCACGUCCAUGUCAUUUCCUUUUUCUUUGACCUUUGACCUUGUUGGGUUCACUCAACAGUUUAUAUUCUGCUCAAAUUUGAAAACAAUUUCUCAUCAGCAAAAAAAACACUGCAUUUGCUUAUCUGUGAUUAGGCUGCUAAAUGUUCUUGGCUUUAUCAUAUUUAAUAUGACGUAACAUCUUCUUACUGCUGCAAUACACAUACAUGACCCUCUUCUUUAAGUCUGUAAAUGUUUUGCAUUGAA